CUCGAGUGUCAGUGUCACCAAUACACAGUACACAGAAAGUGGACACGUGAGGCGGAGGCGAGUGGCCGUAGCAGCAGCAGGCAGGUUCUUCGAGCAUGGACGGGAUAGGCCAUGGCAAUCCUGAACGAGGAUGGAAUGAUCCUCCAAAACUUGCCUUCUGUCCUGCCCGCACUGGCAAUGCUUCAGGGCCUGGACGACACCGCCUCCUCAAUAAGCGGGUGCCCAUCCCAGUCAAUCCUCAAACCAGCAGUGCACCUUCACCAAUGCCUCCAUCCCUCAAAGCAAGUGAUGGUCCUCCAGUAAUGGGCAGCCUUCCCUUGCAUCCCCCACCACUCACUCCCUCUGCCAACACUGUGCCUAGUGCUGCCCCUGUUCCACCCAGCACUGCAAGUGUAGAUGACUCUCAACCAACAAGGAAACUGCUGGAGCAAGUGCACACGUGCCUCUCUGACUCUCUCAAGGCUGUCUCGGAUAAACUGAAGGAGAGCACCCAGGAGGAGAUCAGGAAGAGGAUAGAAGUGAUGGUGGACAUGUGGCAGAAGGAUCAGCUCAGCUUGGAGGUUCAGAAUCGCAUGAUGACACUCACUCAAGCUCUCUCAGAACAUAAUUAUGACAAGGCUUGGUCAGUACAUCAGUCACUUAUUGUUGAUUACACCACCACAUGUUCUCCUUGGAUGGUGGGCAUCAAGACACUCAUAGCUGAGUCACGGAGCCUUUCCGAAGCCACACUGGGGCAAGAUGAAGGCAACAAGUUUGAAACAGGUGAUGCAGUUCCAGUCAGUAAUGAAGGAGAGGAAUCUGUUAGCAAAGUAUCCUCUAUAAAGUGACACUUGAGAAGCAAGAUGGAAGGAACACAAGGUAAAGUUGUUGACCAGGAAUUUCUGAAUGUUCAUAGAGAAAGCACACAAAGGUCAAGGAACAUGAUAAAUAAUAACUUUAGUGGCAUUUUUUGUAAUGUAUUGGUUUCUUGCUAGCUGUGAGGUAGUGUUGGUGGUGGUGGGGUAGGUUUUUGAGUUGCAUGUCUCUCCUUUAUUUGACAGUAUGUAUGGACUUAAUAGUAUUUGGGUUUUGUAUUACAAAUUUUGCAAAUCUGAAUUAUUCAAAAAAUUUUGUUUUCCAAACUGUUAAUUAGGUGUACCUGGAGUUUUCUCUCCAAUCUCAUCAUAAUAAAGACAAGUAUUACAAAAAAAAA